UGCCGCAACGCAAAAAAAAGAAUUAAUUUUUUAGAUUUAAAAUUUUAAUCUAAUUAACGUUGUAUUCGUUAUUUAAAUAUUUAAAAAGAAAUUAAUACACCGAACAGUAUUAAGAAUUAUAGCAAUUCUAAUUUUAUUUCAACCCUAACUUCAGCAUAAAUCUGAAAUUUACCUAACCUAUUUUCCAUAUUUGCCGGCAUCGGACCGAACGGCCCUUUAAAGUGUUUGUUUUAAUCAAAAAAGGUCAUAGAAGAGGAAAAAGUUUGAGAUUUACAACAGUAAUGCACAAUUUGCCAUAGCCCAUUAUUUUUUAAGCUUAGAAGUGAGCAUAUCCGGAAAUUUUAUUCUAACAAUGGAUUCAGCACUAAUAACCGCAGAACAAAAUAUCACCCAAAAUAUCUCAUUCAAUGGAUCGGAUAAGGAAUAUUCCAUCGAGAUACUCGGACAAGAGGUCACUGUUAAUUGUAGCGCCGGUAACCACAAUCAUGGCAGUUCAAAAGUCAAGCUAACUGACGUUGUUGACUAUAACUGGGAGCUGAAGUUCUACGUUGGGCAGCUGCUAGCAGUACAUUUGAAUGGUCACGUAAUAGCCUACGGAAUGAAAGGAAAGAAAGGUGGAAUGAUACGUGUCACCAACCUGGAAACUAAUCGUAGAGCCCUGAUUAGAGAGAUGAAUGGUUUAGUUCAAGAUAUUUCCUUUGCUUUAAUUCCCCAACAAAUAGUUUUGGCGUGUGUCGAUGAGGAAGGCAGUCUUUUUGUGUAUAAUAUCGAUGAUAGGAGUGACGCAAUUGAAUGCACAUUAUUAAUGCACGUUAUUCAUCCCACAUCCCAAGCAAGUAAUUACAGAGUAAUAUGGUGCCCUUACGUACCAUCGUAUGGAGAAGACUCAGAUACUUUAGAUGAUCCCGCUAAACUAUUGGUGCUGUUAAAUGGAAGCACAGUCGAAGUCUGGGACGUUAGUAUUGUAAAUAAUCGUUACGGAACUGGACCUUUGCAACCGCAUACAAGUUAUGAAGGCUACGUUGAAAUCAACGGGCACGUGCUCGACGUAGUGGACGCAUCAUUUUCGCCCGACGGUACUGCGUUAGCGACCGCCAGUUUGGACGGAUUUGUGAAAUUUUUUCAAGUGUACAUGGUUGAAAAUGAAAAGCCUCGGUGUCUGCAUGAGUGGAAUCCACACCAAGGGGAAACGCUGUCUUGUCUCCUAUUUUUGGAUAAUGUACACACCUAUGGACCUGAUUCCAGGUUUUGGAAGUUCGCAAUAACCGGAUCCAAAUAUAACGCAGAACUUAAAAUUUGGUCCUGUGAAACGUGGAGCUGUUUACAAACUAUCAAGUUCGUACCUAACCCGACGUGUCCUACGUCUCAGUUAUUAUUAAAAGCCCGUCUAGAUAUGACAGGUCAAUAUUUGUUAUUAUCUGAUAUUAAUAACAGAAUAAUGUAUGUCCUGCAACUAGAGAAACACGAUUCCGAAAGAGUUGCAACUGUGAUAUCUAUUUCAGAAUUUUUAUUACCUGCACCAGUUUUGAGCUAUUGCAUUACAAGUGCAGAAAUUUGUAAAUUUCGCUACACAAGUAGUUCUGAUGAUCUGUGUUUAUGUGAAGCUAACGAAGAUGAAACUAACAUAUCCGCUAUUGUUAUAAAAUUGUAUGUGGUUCAACCCAAAAAAUUGCAGGAGUGUAAUAUUACCUAUCAACCUGACAGUCUUUCGGUUCAGAAUAACAGUGAAAUGUUCACAUUAGAUUCAUCCACAGACACACUAAUUAACUUGAACGAGAAUAAGGCGGACGACUCCAGCGCCAAAGACCUACCUAAAUUGAACGAUUUGCAAACGUCUGUAAAUUAUUUAAUCCAACAACAAACGGGCCAAGCUGCUUUAAAUUUAAUGACUCCGGACGCGUUCAGUUCGCCAAUUCAGAACAGUCCCACUAACAAAAGAAAUUCGCACGGCAGUAACUCGACCUCCCCUAUCAUGCUUAAGCCAGAAAAGAUAUCCGAAGAUGUCAAAAUUGAAAAUUUAAUGGACGCCGAUGACGUACUUCAGUUUGACAGACCGCUAAAGGAAAACUACGCCAGCGCCGGCUCCAGUCCGAGCCGCGAAGUGCAAGAGAUUUUAUCGUUUAAAAACAGCCAGGAGUAUUUCGAAAACCUUACCAAAGACACUAGUCCCGAAAUCGAAACUAAAAAUAAUUUUAAUCAAACUGACAAUUUGAUGUUUAACGAGAACAGCAGUAGCGAAGUGGUUUGGCCCAAUAUUCCUAUUAUGAAAGCGAAUGAAAUAGUUGAAGAGGAGAAUCGCAAGCUGGCGGCGGCCGAAAGUAUUACCGACAAUCGAAAUGACUUAGGUAGUGAUAAAACUCACCUUCAAGAGAUCAAUUUGCGUUUAAACAGCUUGGAGAAUCUGAUCCGUGACCAACACGCUCACAUUCAAAAAUUACAACAAGAGGUGAAUAAAAAUAAUAUAAAAGAUGACUUGAGGGGAAUGUUCGCAAAGGAAUUGGAUGUGGCCUUGUCCAGAAGUCAAAUUCAACAGGCGAAGUUGUUUGAGAAUUAUGUAAAUAUACAGAAAAGUGUAGAGCAAGAGCACAUCGAAAAUCUUAUAGCGAGUACCACUCAAAUUUUAACAAAACAAAUAACGGAGAAGUUACAAAUAAUUAUCGGGCACGAUAUAAAGAAUAUCGUUUUACCUUCCAUAAUGAAUACGUUUGAGAGUUUAAAACAUCAAUUGUUUGUCGAGUAUACACAAAAAUUAACUAAUACCGAUCACCUUUUGAAAGAUAAUAUUUCUAAGCUAGUUACCAGCAAAGCCGUGGCGGAUUCGUUGAGUUUAUCCAUAGUAAAUAUAAUAAAACCAAGUUUGGAGGAGUGUUAUAAGGAAAUGAUGGGUACAACACUUAUUCCAUCCUGGGAACGAGUCUGCGGAACAAUGUUUCAACAAAUUCAUGACACCUUUACUAAAGGCACUAAGGAAUACACUGCGUCAGUUGAAAACUACAUGGAUAAACAAAGACACGCGCAAGAUAAAGGUGCUGAUCUAAUAAGUCAAAUGCAAAAGGUUUCCGAUAACAUAAAAAAAAAUUCAGACAAGCUACCUGCCAAUGUUUCUCAAGAAAUUGAAAAGCAACUAAACAUUUCUUUUGCCAACAUGCAGGACAGAUUAACACUCAUGUUGGCGAAUUUGGUGAGUGAGCAAGUGAAAUUGGGCUUUAAGAACCAUGCGGCAAUACUGGAAGAUAGCGUUAUUAAUGCUGUUCGAUCGAGAGCAGUAACACCAUCGCCGCAUGUGUUUGAUUCUCAGGCGCAGUUGGCACACAUUCAACAACUGUUAGGCAAAGGACAAAUCGAUGUGGCCUUUCAGCAAGCUUUGUCAGCAUCCGAUUUAUCCUUAGUAGUACAUGUCUGCGAAAAAACGAAUCCUCAAGAAGUUUUCAAAAUAGGAGGUUGCUUACUCACACAGCCUGUCAUUUUGUCGUUAAUUCAACAGUUAAGUGCAGACUUAGUUAGAAACACUGAAUUGAAACAAAAGUAUAUCGAAGAAGCCGUUUUAAGUUUGGAGCCUACUAAUUUAAUAACGAAAGAGCACAUGCCUAUUGUGCUAAAAGAAUUACAACAAAACCUAAACAAUUUCAUAUCUUCGCAUCCUAAUCAUAGCUGUGUAAGGAAUAUGCGAAGGUUGCAUUUGAUGACGCAGUCGUUACUGACUCCCUGAAAUUUACUUUUAUUAGAAUUUCACAUAUUGACCUAACUCCAGAAUAUUGAUUUAUUAGAACUUAUUAAUAAAUAGAAGUAAUUAUGUCGUGUUAGUAUAAUGAAGUUCAUGUUUUGUUUUACUUGUAUUGUUUACAAAGAGACUGUAUUAUAGGUUAUGUUGGUAUAACAUUUAGAACUAUUGUAACCAUUUGUCACCGUUUUGUAUUUUUUUAAAUAAAUUAGAGUUGUGACAUUGA